GUCACGGAAACGACGAAAGCAACCGCCGUGGCGCUGCAUGUCUUCCGCUAGAAAGCGAGCGCCGAGCAAUAUCGCGAAUUUUCUAGACUCUCACGCCUUGGUAACGGGACCAAGCCGCCAGUGCACGCCGUCGCACAUAGCCUUGCGCGUCUUUUGGUGAAGCGAAGGUUGGUUCACCGAGUAGUCAAAGCUUCCUCGUCGACGCUACCGUGUGCCGCCGGUACCACUGGGAAAACAUGGCCAAGUGGGGCGAAGGUGACCCGCGAUGGAUCGUCGAAGAACGGCCCGACGCUACCAACGUGAACAACUGGCACUGGACCGAGAAGAAUGCCUCGUAUUGGUCCAAGGACAAACUCAACGAGCUCCUUACCAACAUUGAAGUGAGCGACUCCAGAGGGACCUGCAAGAUCGUGGAAAUGCCCAAAUGCGAAGGUGAAGCUGUCGCCAACAACCGGAAGGCAAAGCUCAUCUUCUUCUACGAGUGGGUCAUUGAACUUAAGUGGCAGGGUGAGCCAGAUGACAGUGAUGAGCCCGUUGAGGGGAAGGUGGAGAUACCAAACUUGAGUGAAGAGCAUGACCCAAGCGAUGUGGAUGUGACAGUGACUGUCUCGUCUAAAGGUGACAAGGCUGAAGCACUAAAGGAGUUGAUGAGAUCGAAGGGUACCCAAAUAAUCAGAGAAAGGCUAGAAACCUACAUUGCAGCACUUAAGCAAGAAUUCUCGCAAGGAAUGAUUCUUCCUACAAGAAGUGAUUCCAUCAACCAGGUCAAGUCCACAGGCAAGACUGCGGUUAACUAUAAGCAAACGCCACUAAAUGGCUCAUCCGGUGACAAGGCACCCAGCCUCGUCAAAGUGGACACCACUAGCAUCAUGCAGGUGGAGAGUUUCAAGUGCACAGCUGAAGAGGUUUACCGAGCCCUGACUGUCAAGGAGAUGGUGCAGGCUUUCAGCCAGAGUCCAUGUGUCUUGGAAGUGCAGAAAGGAGGAAGAUUCGAACUAUUUGGAGGCAACGUCAGCGGAACCUUCCUCGAGCUAGUCCCAGACAAGAAGAUCCGCAUGCGGUGGCGGUUUGGCAGCUGGCCCCAGAGUCACUACUCCGACGUGACCAUCGAUAUCGAGCAGAAGUCUGACUGCACCGAGGUGACGCUGACGCAGGAAGGAGUCCCGCAGGGAGAGGCGGACCGUACACGAGAUGGCUGGCAGCGCCACUAUUGGGACAGCAUGAAGCGAACGUUUGGCUUCGGAGCCAUUCUGUUCUGAGUCGGGAACUUGCGUGGCCAGCUACGCCGGCAAUGGCAUAAGAGGACGUUUGCUUGACUCUGAAAUGCUGCUGUGCACACCCCGCCACACGCCAUGUGGGAUAACCAUGAUGGGUGGUGGAUUGUGUACUGACUUUGCGUGAUGCGCGCGUGUUCGGGUUGGGAACAUGUGGGACACUGAAAGUAUGAGACUGCCAUCACUGUUUGAGGGAAAGUGGUGCUGGAGCAUCCGGAUACUAAUUCACGCAUUUUUACUGGUCCCCCAUUUUGCAUCGCCUACUUCGAAGUGCCCUAGUGUGCAACUACUGGGUCCGUGACAUGCACCACAUUAAUGGUAGCCUUUUUUUUUCUUUCUUUUUUUUCUGCUAACAGCCUUGAUUUGUUGGCAUAUUUAAUAAAAAAAUGUCAUGCCACAUG